AUGGCCUUCAAGAGAGGCAUUACAGCAGAGAAGAGGUAUCGCAUGGCAAUGGGCAGCGGGAAUUCUUGGAAAGAAGAAGAAAAUUUCUCCAAAAACAACGACAGUUGCCCUUUCAAUACUGAUGCGGAAGAAACGCUGUGGAGGUACUACAACAAGACACCUAUGAUGGAGCCAUUUAAGGAAGGGAAAAGUAUGGUGGGGAAGCGAAAAUCUGGCACGGAUCAUCAUGAGGUCCAUGAAGCUGAACCAGAACCGAUCAUGGACGACUUUGAGAGCGACAGUGACCACUUCGAUGUGUCAAGUAAGCGGAAACGCAUCACAGAAUCUGUACUGCUAGAAGAGAAGUACAAACUGCGUCAGGCCAGUCAACUCCUUUCUAUGCGCAUCGUACCUCAUAAUCAAGAUACGGUUAGAUUUUUUCUAGCUUUGAUAGCUACAGGGCCAGGGAAGACCGCUUCAACAACAUUGUACAGAGCUGUUGGCUACAAAAAGCAAAAGAUGUUCAAGGACGAGUCUUUUGCCCCUUCAAAAAGGGACCUGAGCGAUGGUCAGACAUCAAAUAAGUUGCAGAUUUACGUACUUCAGACGAAAUGCGCUUAA